UAACAAAAGGCAGCGGCAGCAGCAGCAGCGGGGCUCUGAUUUGGGAGGCAGUGGCCAUGGGAUUUGUAAACAAGAGGUUUCUUCCUCGUUCUCUUCAUCUCUUUCUCUUGUUUGAUCUCUUACUUAAUACUGCUGGAGGUGAAGCUGCUAAGGUUCCGGCCAUAUAUGUGUUCGGCGAUUCCACUGCCGACGUCGGCAACAACAACUACUUGCCGGAGAACAGCCCCAAGGCCAACUUCCCUCACAAUGGCAUCGACUUCCCCUUCUCGAGGCCCACUGGGAGGUUCAGCAACGGCUAUAACGCCAUCGACUUUUUUGCCAUCCAUAUGGGCUUUAGGAGGAGCCCUCCACCUUCUCUCUCUCUCUCAAAUAAGACAAACCACCAAAUUAUGAGGGGAUUAAAAGGAGUAAACUUUGCUUCUGGAGGAUCAGGAAUUGCUCUGGACUCAAUGGGGAGCACAAUUACCAUGACAAAGCAGAUACAAAACUUUGCUAUGAUAAAAUCAAAUAUUACAGCAAGAAUUGGUUCCAAGACUGCGGAUCAUUUGCUCUCCAAAUCCAUCUUCCUAAUUAGCACCGGAGGCAAUGACAUCUUCGCUUAUUAUUCUCAGAUGAACUCUCCCAACAACACCGGAGAGGAACUAUUUGUUACUACUCUUGUCUCGAAAUAUGGUGACCAUGUGAAGGAAUUAUACACACUUGGAGCAAGGAAAUUUGGAGUAGUUGAUGUCCCACCCAUUGGAUGCUGUCCUUAUUCAAGAAGUUUUAACGCUACAGGUGGUUGCAUUGAUAAGAUGAAUGAGUUGGCUUUAGGGUUCAACAAUGCUGUAAGAGCUCUCAUGCGGAACCUUCGCUUGACACUGAAAGGGAUGAAAUACUCGAUUGGAAGUUCAUAUGAGGUGGUGUUAAGUAUAAUGAAAAACUCUGAAGCACUUGGUUAUAAAGAGAUAAAAACUGCUUGUUGUGGAGCUGGUAAGUUCAACGCUCGAACUGGAUGCACACCAAAUGCUACCUAUUGUUCUGUUCGUCACCAUUACCUGUUCUGGGACAUGCUUCAUCCAACACAUAUGACUUCUAAGCUUGCAAGCCUAGCCAUAUAUCAUGGCUCUCAGAAUUUUGCAACGCCCAUCAAUUUCAAGCAGUUGGUGGAGGAUGAGGUAUAAGAAGCUGGUUGGUCGAUGAAUUAGCAAUAUCCUGUCAGAAAUUGGGAAGCUCCUAUUGCAUGUCAUUUGAAGUCAGAGUAGGUCAAAUAUGUUCAAAGUUGUUGGAUUUUAUGUAGAUUGUGUAUUGACAUUAUAAAUUGAUGUUUGAUCUAAAUCAUGGAUUAGGAGAUGGAAUUGUUGUAUCCAUAUAUUAUGGGGUGAAAGCUGAAGAUGGUGAACAGUUAUUUCUUAACAAGGAGAGAGUGGUUCUCUUCAUAAACUAGCUCUGUGCUUCCUGUAGAUCAGAACGAUGUUUACUGGUGUUUGAUCUGUUCA